AUGGUCCAGAUCAGCGAAGUCAAGGGCAAUAACCGCGAGAACCGCACCGCGGCGCACACCCACAUCAAGGGACUGGGCCUCAAGUCCGAUGGCACCGCCGAGAAGCAGGCCGGCGGCUUUGUCGGCCAGGCUGCCGCCCGCGAGGCUGCCGGAGUCGUUGUAGACUUGAUCCGAGCACAGAAGAUGGCAGGCCGAGGUGUUCUCCUGGCAGGAGGGCCCGGCACCGGAAAGACAGCUCUUGCGCUCGCCCUCAGCCACGAGCUCGGAACCAAGAUACCCUUCUGCCCCAUCGUCGGCAGUGAGAUCUACUCGUCCGAGGUCAAGAAGACCGAGGUCUUGAUGGAGAACUUCAGAAGAGCCAUUGGCUUGAAAGUCCGGGAAACGAAGGAGGUAUACGAGGGCGAGGUCACCGAGCUCACGCCUGAGGAGGCUGAGAACCCCCUCGGCGGCUAUGGCAAGACGAUCAGCACCCUCCUGAUCGGAUUGAAGAGCGCAAAGGGCCAGAAGAAGCUCCGCCUCGACCCCAGCAUCUACGAGGCUAUCCAGAAGGAGAGAGUCACCGUCGGCGACGUCGUCUACAUUGAGGCCAACACGGGCGCCUGCAAGCGCGUCGGCCGAUCUGAUGCCUACGCCACCGAGUUCGAUCUCGAGGCGGAGGAGUAUGUCCCUAUCCCCAAGGGUGAGGUGCACAAGAAGAAGGAGAUUGUGCAAGAUGUCACGCUUCACGACCUGGACGUUGCCAAUGCGCGACCGCAGGGAGGCCAAGACAUCAUGAGUAUGAUGGGCCAGCUCAUGAAGCCCAAGUUGACCGAGAUCACCGACAAGCUGCGCGGCGAGAUCAACAAGGUCGUCAGCAAGUACAUUGACCAGGGCGUUGCCGAGCUUGUUCCCGGCGUCCUGUUCAUUGACGAGGCUCACAUGCUCGACCUUGAAUGCUUCACAUAUCUCAACAAGGCAUUGGAGUCGGCACUCUCUCCGAUUGUGGUGCUCGCGUCGAAUCGAGGCAUGUGCACCAUCCGUGGCACGGACGACGCUGUUGCUGCGCACGGCAUUCCUACCGAUUUCCUGGCACGCCUGCUCAUCAUUCCCACCACCCCCUACGACGCCGACGAGAUCAAGCGCAUCGUCCGCAUCCGGGCAACCACCGAAGGCGUUGCCGUCAGCGAUGCCGCGAUCGACAAGAUUGCCGAGCACGGCGUUCGAAUCAGCCUCCGAUACUGCCUGCAAUUGCUGACCCCUGCAAGCAUUCUCGCCCGCGUCAAUGGGCGAAGCCAGAUUGACAUUAAAGAUGUCGCAGAGUGCGAGGACUUAUUCCUCGACGCACGUCGCAGUGCGACUUUACUGAGCGGUGAGACAGGUCGGGGCUUCAUCUCAUGA